CAGAAAUGGUAGCAGAAGGUGAAUGUUGAACUUUUGUUGCGUACAUAACAUAUCCAGAUGAUGCAGAGUAUUAUUUGCGCAAACACUGUCGGUGUGUUGGAAACGUUAUGCUAACAACAACAUUGAUACUUGUAAAAAUGUCAAUUCUGAAAACGCUUACCUGUACAUAUGUUUGUCCUGUACAACUGGGGUGCUGAAAUUCUAACGUUUAAUAAAAACUUGUAUCAAAUACAUCCGCAAGACGAAUGGGUUUGUACCAAUUGGGAAAGGGGGAUACCUAAAUCCAACUUCCUCUGCAACGCAAUGCUGCAAGGCAAACGCAGCGUUUCAUUGGAAAUGAAUGUAAUUCUGAUGUACCAAAAUGCAAAAUCACUGUCGGUGUGUGAAGCGUAAGAGAACGGAAUCUCAGCUCAGCUACUUAUUUGUAUUGUAGGCCUACAUCGUGUCUGGCAAACUGCAGAGGAGAUGCGUAUUGUGCAAUUCCACGAACAACAACCUGGGGAGAGACUUUGUCUUUGUCCACGUUUGCUCCUUCAACCCGUGCACCCCCAGUCACCCACGGUCCGAUCUGUAAAGUCACAUUCUAACUAGCCAGACGGGGAAAAUGUGUUUUUAACAGUCAUCCAAUUCGGAAUUCCAAGUCGGAAACUCGGGCAUCUUUCUGGCUCCGACUGAAGAUAACCGUUAUGACUUGACCUCAGUUAUUCCCGAGUUCCCAGUUAUCUUGAAAGCACCAUUGAUCUCAGUUUAUGUAUUAUAGUGUAGCGACCCGCACAGACAGCGUAUGUGUGAUAACGUAAUCUCAGCUCAGCUACUUAGCCUACUAUACUGUUUGUAUUGUAGGCCUACAUCGUGUCUGGCAAAUUGAAGAUUAGAUGCGUAUUGUGCAAUUCGACGAACAACAACCCGGAGAGAGGCGAGCGUCUUUGUCCAUGUAUGCUCCUUCAACCCAUACACCUCCAGUUGCCGCCGGUCCAGUCUGUGACGUCACAUUCUAAACACUGUGGUUGGUUGUGCGCUUGUAAACAAAUAGGAUACUGAUUUCGUCCUGGGCACAAGGCAGGCAAGACACGCGGGAAAGAAUAGAACUGGAAAGAGUGAACACUUUUUUUUUUAUGAGCGCAGUGCACACGAAGCGGCGAUGCAACAGAUGUGUGCAGGUUAUUAGGUGGGAUAUUUUUGUCCUUUUAUUGGAGAAAAAAAUUCUAGGGGGAAUGGAAUGUGUUAUGGCAGCCUUUUCUGUUAAUAACGCCACUGUCACUAACUCCAUCAUAAUGAACACCAAUGGGCCUCCUGAUCUGAUGCUGGACCCCAGAACUGUAUGUGUAUCUAUCGAUGAGGUGGUAUCCAAUCAUGUGAGAAGUCAACAGACUCCAUUAUUACAUGGGCAUCACAAGAAAGUGGAGAACAGUCUAACUGAAGCCCAACGUUUUUCCUACCUGCCACGUCGACCAGCAGUUAACAUUGAAUUCAAAGAUGUCUGCUACUCAGUUCCUGAGGGACCAUGGUGGGGAAAGAAAGGUUACAAGACCCUGCUGAAAGGGAUCUCUGGGAAAUUUACCAGCGGUGGCCUGGUGGCCAUCAUGGGUCCCUCAGGAGCUGGGAAAUCUACACUGAUGAAUAUUCUGUCCGGCUACAGGGAAACGGGGAUGAAGGGGGAGAUCUUGAUCAAUGGACAGCCUCGCGACCUGCGCUCUUUCAGGAAGGUCUCGUGCUACAUCAUGCAGGAUGACAUGCUUCUGCCUCACCUCACAGUACAGGAGGCCAUGAUGGUGUCUGCUAGUCUGAAGCUCCAGGAAAAGGAUGAGGGCAAGAGAGACAUGGUGAGGGAGAUCCUGACGGCCCUGGGCCUGCUUGAGUGUGCGAAAACUCGAACGUCACAUCUUUCAGGAGGGCAGAGGAAAAGGCUGGCCAUCGCCCUGGAGCUUGUCAACAACCCUCCCAUCAUGUUCUUUGAUGAGCCCACCAGUGGCCUGGACAGUUCCUCCUGUUUCCAGGUGUUGUCUCUGCUGAAGGCCCUGGCCCAUGGUGGCCGCACCGUCAUCUGCACCAUCCACCAGCCCAGCGCCAAGCUCUUUGAGCUCUUCAACAAGCUGUACGUCCUUAGCCAGGGCCAGUGUAUCUACAGAGGGAAAGUACCUAACCUGGUCCCUUACCUUAGAGAGCUGGGGCUCAACUGCCCAACAUACCACAAUCCUGCAGACUUUGUGAUGGAGGUGGCGUCUGGGGAGUACGGAGAUCAGACGGCUCGUCUGGUGAAAGCCGUGCAGGAGGGGAAAUGUGAGCAGGUCUACAAGACAGACAUGAACGAUGGACCCCUCAAACCCUUCCUGUGGCACAAAUCUUCUGAGGAGGACUCCCCUUCCGGUGAGGGCUGCCACAGUUUCUCGGCCAGUUGUCUGACUCAGUUCUGCAUCCUGUUCAAAAGGACGUUUCAAUGCAUCGUUAGAGAUACAGUGCUGACUCACCUAAGAAUCACCUCUCACAUUGGGAUUGGGAUUCUGAUUGGCCUGCUCUACCUGGGCAUCGGCAACGACGCCAAGAAAGUGCUCAGCAACUCCGGCUUCCUCUUCUUCUCCAUGCUCUUCCUCAUGUUUGCUGCCCUAAUGCCUACCGUUCUGACGUUCCCUUUGGAGAUGGGAGUGUUCCUAAGAGAGCACUUGAACUACUGGUACAGUCUGAAGGCUUACUAUCUGGCCAAGACUAUGGCGGACCUCCCCUUCCAGAUAGUGUUCCCAGUCGCCUACUGCAGCAUCGUCUACUGGAUGACGUCCCAGCCGCCUGACGCUGUGCGUUUCAUCCUUUUCUUGGCACUGGGAGUCCUCACCUCUCUUGUGGCCCAGUCUCUGGGCCUGCUGAUAGGAGCGGCUUCCACCUCGCUACAGGUUGCCACGUUUGUAGGUCCGGUGACUGCCAUACCCGUACUGCUUUUCUCUGGCUUCUUUGUCAGUUUUGACACAAUUCCGUGGUAUCUUCAGUGGAUGUCAUACAUUUCAUAUGUCAGGUAUGGCUUUGAAGGUGUCAUCCUCUCCAUCUACGGGCUGGACCGGAAGGACCUCCACUGCGACAAGGAUGAAACAUGUCACUUCCAGAAGUCGGAGGCCAUCUUGAAAGAGCUUGACGUGGAAGAUGCCAAACUGUACCUUGACUUCAUAGUGCUCGGCAUGUUCUUUGUGACCCUCCGCCUCCUUGCGUACUUUGUGCUGCGCUAUAAGAUCAGUGCAGAGAGGUAAACUGGGGAGUGGGGGUAGGAGGAAGAAGGCCCAGAUCGCUUGCAAGCUGGAAUACUGCUUCUAGAAACCUCCAGGCAGUGGCCCAGAGAUACACCAUGCACACCAAACUUUUGGCCAAAGACUACAGAAUAUCGACAACUGUUGUGUGAGAGUGUGCAUGCAGUAUGAAUCUACUUAGCUUAAACAAACAAAUAUGGCAGAGAGGAGCUCAGUGCCUAAGGCCAUGGGGUGAUUCCCAAUAUUACAAGAACGUUCUUGUUUAAAAACCAAAACCAUUGGCUUAUUGAAGGCAAGGCUCCUGUCACAGUAGGAAUCUAGAUGUAAUCGCCUUGUGCAAGGGAACCAACUGUAAGUCAUGUAAGAGUUUGUUGUUGAUAGGCUCUUGUCUAGUCUGUAGUUCCAGACUGGUUUGUGUGACCACUGUGUGAAACCAAAUAAAUGAAAUGGCUUGGUGGAAGGACAAUGGGAAGACAGGGCCACACUUAAACAGGAGCUGGUUUCCUCCAAUGUGUGUUUUAUUAUAUAGGACUGCCAGAUCAAAUUGGUCUCUAAUCUGGGACCCUCGGUCAAUAAAGGGAAAGGCACAAUAUUGCUUGUUGCUAAUGUGGGAUAAAGCAAUCACAUACAUUCCAAGCAUGUGAGAGACUAUACAGUACCGAUACAUCCUGUCGUUUAUCCUGGGUGAGUUUCACAGUCAGUCAUGUGAAAUAGAAUUGAGAAUGAAGAGCAUUUUACACUGGUUCAUGUUCUGUCACACAAUCAAAUCAUAAGAGACAUGGCAGCCUAGGUUGGGGCUUGUUUUAUCUGUCAACCAUACCAAAGGGAUAUAGUGCUACCAGAUUUCUGUAAGAGACUGGGGGCUCUAUUUUAUCAAACUUAAUGCAAUGGUAAGUCUUAGUGCUGUUGGUAGGGCUAUAGGUCCAGGGGUGUUUUUUUGCUAUUUUCACUGCAGAAAUUAUGGGCGCAGUAGCUGGCAGUUGUGUGAAAGGGCUGGAUUUUGAUGAAUAAAUAAGUUGGGAGGCUUGUCCCCUCACUGGCCAAACAGAACGUGAUCCAUGGCUAAAUAUGUGGGUGCUUCUAGUUGUGUAUUUACGGUCUUUCAUGUUUUAAGUUGUCAUCAAAGCCAAUUUUUAUGUUAGUCCGCUAUAGCCUAUAGUUUGUUAAAUAGCCUACAGAAACAAAAUAACAACAUGUAGGCAUAUUCCAUUCCUUUGCUAAAUACAUUGAACAUGUUUGCAGUCCAUAUUGUUCUAAGUAAUUGCAUUGCUUCAAUAUGGAAAUACACUACCGUUCAAAA